AUGAAUAAUCAACAUCAACAAUUGGGACCCCACCAAACCAUAAAGGGAUUUAUAACACCGGAGCAUUUGGAGUAUGGAACUCCAAGUCCAUCGCCACCAUUAUACUACCGACCAAUAUAUACACAUCAAUAUGGAGGCCCAUACACGCCACGAGGAUAUGGUAUGGAUGCACCCCCAUGUCCCCCAUCUAUAGACGAGGACCAGAUUCCCAUCGCCGUCGACCCCAAAUCCAUAUUUGAACAAAACCAACGUUUUAUGGGAAGAAUCGCCUUCCUCGAGGAAGAGAUUGUCCGCAAAAAAGACACUAUCGACGGACUCCAAGUCCAACUAUCACGCUACGAGCAGGAAAAGCAAGCCGAAAAGAAAAAGCAAAGCCGUUACUGGACACCAGAAGAGCACAACCGUUUCAUCGAGGCUCUCUCCAAGUUUGGUCACAAGGAUGUAAAGGCAAUCGCAUCGUAUGUCGGUAGUCGUAAUCCAACUCAAGUACGUACUCAUGCCCAGAAAUAUUUCCUCAGAAUCGAUCGUGAACGUCAAAGAAAGCAACAGAGCAAAGAUGGCGACAGAGAUGCCGACGAUAAUGAUUGGGCAGACACUUAUUUUGAUGGCGACGAGAGUCCCAGUCACACCCCCUCUACCAACUCACCAUCCUCCAAUCCUCCACCCAACCCAUUUGCCGCACACUGUCCAUCUCCACAAUUGUUGACGACCACCAGCUCCAUCACCAACUCACCCAUCCAAAAGAAGAAACGUGAAUCUGUCACCAUCACUGCCACUCAAGCCAAGUCGGCCCCACAACACCGUGAACACGUUAUCAAUAUUUUGGCUCAACAAAAUAUUAAUCUUUCAACUUCAGAUUAUGAUAAUUUUGCUAGAGGUUUAGUUUCAAAUAUUGAACAAGAUGAUACUCAAACAUUGAUUAAAUCAAUUAGAGAUCAAUUUUUACCAACCAAUUCAAUUGAAAAUAUUGAAAAUAUAUAUAGUGCCUUUGUUACAGCUGUUAAAUAUCAUACCAUUCAACAAGGACCAACACAACCAUCACAUCAAAUUGUACCACCACUUCCACUUCCUCAACUACAAAUCCAAGGACAAAUGGGACACCAUCAAAUGUUGACUCCCACCUCACUCCAUCAGAAGCGUGACAGUCCACAUCUUUCAUCUUCUACAUCGUCGUAUGGAGUCGCACCAAAUAUGGAAUCAUCAAGUCCACACCACCCAGAGAGUCCACACAGCAAUUCACCAUCACCAUCAUCGUCGGCUAUGGGCUCCAAGUCACCUAAAAAGAAACUCAUGAACGUUACCGUCCCAUCAAGAGGAUCAGAUCCAUCGAUGGGAUCACCAUCGUUGAUGACUCCAACCACUCCAUCACCAUCGUCGGCAUUGUCACCAUCGUCUCAAGGAAUAUAUGUCCCAUACGGCCUACCACAACCAGGUAUGCGUUGGGUAUCCUCACCACACCAUAUCUACCACGGUAGACCAAUGGACCCAAGCAUGGGUAUUCCAUACCCACCAACCCCACCCACUCCGCACAUGCCUCACAUGGCUCCAGUCUACUACUCUCCUCACCCAAUCCCAGCUGGCAUGAAUCCAAUGGGAGACUCUACACCUCUUUCCGACGAUGCACCACACCACCACCACCAUCACCACCAAGUCCAUGGUCCAUGGUCUACACUCCCCUAUCUUUCAGUCGAUUCCACCCCAUCUCCUCCCAAUUGGUUAAACAAUACCAUUGCAAAUUUUAAUAAUACCUCUAUUUCUUCUCCAACCCAACAUUCUGUUGGUGUUUCUGGUGAUUAA